AUGUCUGCAUGUGUGUCUCUUUUAGAUACAAAAAAGAGUCUUGGCAGCCGUUUCGCAAAAAAAAAAAAUCGUCGCCUCAAAACUUUAUCUCCUGUUUCCCUCUCUGUCUUUGGGAGAAAAGCAAUGUCCUCGGCUCCCGGUCUUGCGCUUCUUUCUCUUCCUCUUCCUUUUACGACGACGACGACGACGACGAGUUCUGGGUGGUGUGGCAGUUCUCGCAGAAGGAGUCGCGGGAACAACAUCGAGAGUGCGAGUAGGAGUAGAAGGAGUAGCUUUUGUAGAAACAUUCCACUCAAAUUGGAACGAGCGUCUGCUGGUUUUUGUGGAUUGAAUAAUAAGCACCAUCGCGCGGCGGCGAGCGGAAGGGGUGGUGCUCUCGGUGGUAGUGGUGGUAGUCGUGGUGGUACGUCCUUUUGUUGGAGCGGACGAAAGACGAUGUUCCCUAAUAGGAGAAGGGACAAUCUCGACGAGAAUAAAUCGAAUUGGACGUCUUGGGAGCUCUUCGGGAACGGCGAGAAGCACAAUACCGCGAGACGAUUGAACGACGCAAAAGCGAUGUCGUCCACGGACGAGGAGAUUUCCAACUACCUCCCCGGGUUCAAAGAUUGCCCGAGGAAUUUGAAAGUUGCGUACCAAGGCGAACCGGGCGCGUAUUCAGAAGCAGCGGCGUUGACUGCGUACCCGGACGCCGAGCCGUUCCCGUGCGGAGUGUUUGAAGAAGCGUACGAGGCGACCGAGUCGCAAAAGUCCGACCGCUCGGUUUUACCGUUCGAAAACUCUUUAGGUGGGAGCAUUCAUAAGAACUACGACUUGAUUCUCACGCACGAUUUACACGUCGUCGGGGAGGUGAAUUUUAAAGUCAAUCAUUGUUUGAUGGCGUUGCCCGGGACGAAGAAGGAAAAUUUGACGAGGGCGAUGUCGCAUCCGCAAGCGUUGGCGCAAUGCGACGAUUAUUUAACGCGAUUAGGCGUCAUCAAGGAGUCCGCGGAGGACACCGCCGGGUCGGCGAAGAAAAUUCAAGAGGAAAAUUUGGAAAACGUCGCCGCGGUUGCCUCGGAACGCGCGGCGACGUUAUACGGCAUGGAAAUUUUAGAUUCAAAAAUCCAGGACGAUUCGAGCAACGUGACCCGUUUCCUCGCCUUGGCUCGAGAACCGUUACCUCCGAAAGAAGGCGUUCCAUACAAAACCUCCAUCGUGUUCGCCAACAAAGACGGCCCGGGGUCUCUCUUCAAAGCCUUAGCCUGCUUCGCCUUGCGCGACAUCAACUUGACGAAAAUCGAAUCCAGACCUCUUAAAACCGCGCCGUUGGCGGAAGGUUUGCAAGACUCCAUGCAGUUCCAGUAUUUAUUUUACGUCGACUUCGAGGCGAGCAUGGCCGAGGAACGCGCGAAAAAUGCGCUCAGGAAUUUGCAAGAGCAAACGAGUUUUUUGCGAGUCCUCGGGAGUUAUCCCAAAGACGUCAGUAAGUUUUAA